AUGCCACCGGUCUUGUGGGUGUCGUUUCCAGGCGCCCCGUAUACGCACCAAUGUGCAAGACGCGCGGCUGAGAAACUACUGAGACCAGCCGGAUGGGAGAUUCGGGAUACCACGUCGGAAAAGCGUCCCGACACGUUCAAGCUGCCGGAUGGAGCGGACGUAUACUUGGCUGGCUACGACGUACUGCCGUUCGAGUCGCUUCUAGGCUCUCAGGCGCUGUGUAGUAGCUAUGUCAUACGCAAAGCACUUAUUCGAAAGCAUCAUUUGGCACAUGUUCUUCAUGCUUUUAGCGUCAAGAACCCGACGCGGCCUGUGCCUGCUCCGCGCACGUGGACCUUGGAUCUCCAAUUUGCCGACGAGUUGGAUGAGCUUCUGUCUGAUGACCUCUAUGACGUACGGGAGGCGCUCGAGCGCAAUGAUCCCGCGUGUCCCACCUCGUGGUUUAUUCUCAAGCCGGGUAUGGCGGAUCAGGGCAAUGGGAUCCGCCUAUUUUCAUCCGUGGAGCAACUCGAGCACAUUUUUCAGGCAUUUGAAGACGACGAUGACGACGAAGAGGCAGGCAUCACUAGUCAGCUGCGCCAUUUUGUCAUACAAGACUAUAUAUCCGCGCCGCUGCUGGUUGCGCCGGACCACACCGCGCGCAAGUUCCAUCUACGCGUCUACGUCAUUUGCGUCGGCGGCCUGCACGUCUACAUGCACGACGACAUGCUGGCGCUCUUUUCUGAUACUGAGUACGCACCGCCCACAGGCGAAAUGCAAGAUUUACGAGGACACCUAACAAAUACAUGCUAUCAAAACGGUACAGAAAAAGAAAAUGUAUAUCUCUGGCGCGAUUUAGUAGGCCAACCGGCGUGCCUUGCAUCUGAGCGCUUUACUCUCACUCAAGCACAUAUUGAUGCCGUGCGCCUAAGCGCGGCUGCGACCAUCGGGGCGAUCUUUGAGGCUGUCGGGCGCGAGGCUUCGUUUCACUGGCAAAUGUGGCCGAAUGCCUUUGAGAUCUUUGGCGUCGACUUGUUGGUGGGACACGACGCUAGUAAGCCCCAUGCCCUCUGUACAUGGCUUUUAGAAAUUAAUGCGCAACCGGACUUUGCACAGUGCGGCGAAGAAUUAGAGCGUGUCGUGGAGCAUGUAUUUCAGCGUGCGCUGCAGCUUCGUUUGGAGCCCGCCGUAUGGUCCGUCGGAGAAAGUCGAGAUCGCUGUACAUGCUGCUUCAGCGAACCACUCGUAAAAGAUCUUUAG